ACCUAGUAUUUUUAGAUCAACAAUGUCAGCCACCAUGCCUUUUAACCUCUUCCUGUCCGGCCCUUCCUGCCAUCAUUGCUUAAUACGUGUGAAAUCUGUGAAUGAUCACAGAGAUCACAUGGUACAAGGCUAUUCACAACAGCCUUGUACCAUGUGACAAGCUGUGACCAAUUACAGCUUGCACAGUAUUUCUCAAUGGCUGAAAAUGUCCAGACUUGAAGUGGUUAAAUACAGAUAUCAUUUAGUCACAGCAGAUCAGUUAAUAUACAGUGGGCA